AUGAAUGAAGUGCAAGUGACGGCGGAGUACAAGUCUGAGUGGGAUACCACUAAUAACUGCGGACCCCGACCAGGCGGAAUGAUCUACCCCCGUCCACCAGAAACGCCUGGAACAUACGAAGAUCAACUUGAAUGCGACAUCAUCUCCGACAAUCUCUACUUACCCGGUUAUAAUUGCACAACAACAUGCAAGGCUGAUCCGAAUAAGAAAGUUAAUCUGUUCUGCGACUGCUACAAUAAAGUGCUGACAUUCUCGAUCGUCAAGCCGUGCAGAUGGGCCUUUGAGGGAGGAGAAAGCUGCCCGGCAAUUGAUGACGAAGAUGAUUGGAAUUGUGACCCGAGGAAAUCAGACUGCGGUGGCAUUUAUCCGGACUUUCAAUCUAAUGAAACAACAACGACUACGUCAACAACCACAACGACGACAUCUACUACUACAACUCCGACACCAGCAAUCUCCUCUUCCGCAAGACCCGCAGUCCCUCCUUCGAACAAACCCGCGUCAACUCAUCAUGUCGAAGUCAUCAUCCCAUCCGUCAUUGAAAACAAGGAAGAGAACUCAGAAACCGUCUCCUUCGCUAAAGACAUCACCAUUUCUGAACCUACCGCGGACGAAAAAAGAACGAUCAUCAAUCACUUCCACAUCGCUCCAUUCUUAUCAAACGUACUCAACAACGGCGGUUCCAGUAGCGCCUCUUCUUCUCCUUCUAAAGCUUCCACCACGACUGCAUCUGGUCUAGAAAAGAUCAAAUUCCUCCACGAGAAACUAGCGAAGCUGAAAAAGGUCCGUGAUCGCUUAUUUCUUCAAUUGAAGAGGAGAAAUAUUGAUCCGGAAGUUGAGCAAAAGACGAAAAAAGAGGAUGAGCCGGAUAAUGUCCGGUCCGAGUGA